CUUCCUUGAAGACGCGCUAUACCAUAGCUAUGCCCUUGCCGAUGCACACGUGGCCUAUAUGCAGUCUCUCAAGACGCUUGGUUCUACUCUUCACCAGUUCAUCGACCACCAGGACGUUAAUUUUCCAUCCAACGAUGAUCCUGCCAAAUCAUCAAAAUCUUCUCCACCUGACCUGUCGCCGUCGAGUUUAACCUCAGAUUCGCAUAUUCAUUUCGAUUCCGACUCUGAGGAUGAAGAUAGAAUUAAAGAUUUCGACUCGUUUAACCAUAACCAUUCGAACUAUUUUAAUACAUUCAUGGCUAUGAAUUAUAACGAUAAUUCUAGAAGUUACCGGCAUAAUGGUGAAAUGAGUGGUCGUGAUUGGGCGUCCAAAACGCCACCGCCUCCAACUCCGAGUGGCUCCGCUUGGGAUUUCUUGAACUUCUUUGAGCCACUCGAGAAAUACGAAAAUCCGUACGGUGUUACUCGCGAUCCACAACAGGACAAAGAAACUGACGAGAAAAAACAAGAACACGAACACAUUUCAGCAGGAAAUGAUAACGUCGUGCCCACUUUGGUGAAAGAGAAGGGUGAUGACGUGGAGAAAAAGAAGGUCGUUUCAGAGAAAGAGCGGUCGGUGGAGCCUGAAUCAAAGAGUAGUGGUCAAAAUGGUCAAUGGGGUGUCUCCGAGGUUAUGAGAGAUGUACAGGUUCAGUUUGAAAGAGCAUCAGAGUCUGGUAAUGAAGUUUUGAAAAUGUUUGACACCGGUAAAUUUCGUUAUCAUCACAAAUUUUCUGUCUACGGUCAAGUAUCAUCCAAGAUGUUGCACGCGGUGAGUCCAUCGAGAAUGGUGGUAUCUACACAUUUCAAUUAUCAAGGUUUGGAGGAUGAUGUGGUUCUGAAUUCAAAAAAUCUGACAGCAACUCUGAAGAAACUGUGCAUGUGGGAGAGAAAACUCUAUGAUGAAGUUAAGGCUGAGGAGAAAUUGCGCCUACUUUAUGCGAGGAAGUGUAGGCAGAUGAAAAGUAUGGAUGAGAAGGGUGCUGAAACUCUUAAAGUUGACGCGGCUCGAACAAUGCUCAGGAAUUUAUCUACUAGGAUCAAAAUUGCAAUUCAAGUCAUUGACAAGAUGUCUAUUUCUAUAAAUAAGUUGAGGGAUGAAGAAUUGUGGCUGCACAUCAGGGAGUUGGUUCAGAGCAGGUUGCUUGAAAUGUGGAAAGCUAUGCUUGAAUGUCAUAGGUGUCAGUCCCAAACAGUUUUAGAAGCCAAAGGUUUAGAUGUCAUUGCAUCAAAUGCAAAGCUUGACCAUGCUCAUCUUGAAUCUGCAAUAAAACUCAAGCUUGAGCUACAAAAUUGUAACCUAAACUUCUCCAAUUGGAUUGAAGCACAAAAAAGUUAUGUCAAAGCCUUGAAUGGUUGGCUAAUGAAAUGUCUUCGAUAUGAUCCUGAGGUAACUCCUGAUGGUAUAGUGCCCUUCUCUCCUGGUAGGGUUGGAGCACCCCCUGUGUUUGUUAUAGCUUAUCAGUGGUCACAAGCCAUGGAUAAACUAUCAGAGAAAGAAGUGACUGAAGCCAUUUAUGGUUUCUCCGCAAGUGUAAAUCAACUCUUGGAGCGGCAUAAAGCAGACCUGCAGCAAAUGGUAAUUGCCAACAAGGAUGUGGAAAGACAAGUUAAGACCUCGGAGAGGGAGGAGCAAAAGAUCCAAAAGGUCAUACAAGCUCGAGACAAAAGGAUGAUUCUAUUGGCUAGGGAAGGGAGUGGUAGUAUGCAGUCUGGUCUAAAACAGAUUUUCAUGGCCAUUGAGAAAUUUGCUGCCAACUCCAAACAGGCUUACGAUGAGCUUCAUGUACGAAUUGAAGAAAGAAGGUCAGUCAAAUGAUGCCAGCAAGUCCUUUAUCUCAAAACUUCAGAAUCCUUCUACUUUGGCCACUGUUUGCUGCUUUUGUAGUGCAGUUAUCUGUAAACCAAUUUUUAAAGAGAGAUUCCUCUUAGAAAAUAUAUAUGCGUCUAGUUUUCGAUAGGUAGAUUUUUUAUUUUUCAGUUUAUCACUUGUCUCAGUCAGCAAUGGAUUUAGAACCAUUGUUUGGGAGGCACCAUUAACCCGAUUUGUCUAUUUGUAAGGCAUGUGUUUGAAUUGUGAUCCAUCCAGUUAGAUUUCAGCAUCAUUGGUAGAGUCUUGCUUAUCAUCAGUUGCAGGUUAAUGAGUUGCCAAAGGGGUAACUUGGGAGAAGAAACCAAGUAGUUGAAUAUUCACUGCUCUCUCCGUGCUGCCUAAAGCAUCCUAAUUUAAGUGCUUCAGAUAGGUGCAAAAGCAGAAAAAUGCUAAGGUAAGUCUGAUUGAAUUUGUGUUAUACAAUUCCCCAGCUGCUAAAGGGAGGUUGUUUUUUAAAAUUUAGCUGCAUCAUUAACUAUCUAUCCUUGAUGGAUUUGUGCCUUUUGCCGUUGCGUUGCCUGAGUGAACCCAUUUUGAAACCUUGUAGUUGUCAAGCGUAUUCAUCAGAUGAAUUCAAGAUCAUUACAACAGUAAUACCACCCUUUUUGUAGGGGCGUGCUCUUUUUCAAAUAUUGUUUCUAUAAAAUGACAAUGAAUUCAUUUUCAAAUUUUAAGCAUGAAGCAA